AAGGGAAUGAGCAAAUGUCCAGCAGUGUAGGAAAACGUUUGCAGAUUCUUGGACGCACAUUGCGCGCAAUCAGACAACCUGGCGCGGCGUGUGGAUUUACUUUCUGUGAAACCACAUGUGGUUCUUGGGCAGACAAGAAGUUUGCAGCGUUAGUUUGGAGUUUAUCCGUGAUGACUGGCCAGGCUACAGUUUAGACCUCUUCAGCUACCCAACUCACUAUUCCGGGGAUUUAGACUGUGUCAUCAUUCCUCAUGGCGUGAUUAUGGACAGGACAGAGCGUCUCUCCAGGAACAUCAUGGAUGACCUGGGGGACCAUGACAUUGUGGUUUUGUGUGUACUGAAAGGAGGCUACCAGUUCUGUGCCGACCUCGUGGACAGGAUCAAGGUUCUCAGCUGCAACUCCAACCACACAAUCCCCAUGAGGGUCCACUUUAUUCGCCUCAAAAGCUACCUGAAUGAUCAGUCAACUGAGGAUCUUCACAUACUUGGAGCAGAAGAUCUAUCUUUUUUAGCUGGAAAGAACGUACUGAUUGUGGAGGGCAUUGUGGGCACUGGAAAGACAAUGAAAACUCUCCUGAAGCAUGUUGAGGCCUUCAAGCCCAAAAUGAUCAAAGUAGCAGGAUUACUGGUGAAAAGAGACCAGAAUAGCUCAGCGUGUGUUCCUGACUAUGUUGGCUUUGAGAUACCCAAUCGUUUUGUGGUUGGAUAUGCAUUGGACUACAAUGAGUAUUUCAGAGACCUCAAUCAUAUAUGUGUGAUCAGCGAAAGUGGAAAGAAGAAAUAUAAAAUAUGAAGAGAAGGAAGCAACAAAAUUGACUGUCCACGCAUGUCAUCUUCCAGCAAUCCCAGACAUUUUCACGGAAAUACCAUAAACUUGCAGCUAUAACAUCUAACCAUGAGUAUGCCUGUAAGAACAUUCCAUCUAUCAGACUAGUUAGUAUUUUAACAAUACACACACGUACAAAAAGUCUUUUAAAUGUUUUAAAAUAACUGUUAAAAAAAAUAACAGAUUCAUAUAACACAUUCACCUUGGGAGACUUCUAUGUUUUUAAGAGUUCAGUCACUACACUAACAGUUUCUCUGUGCUGCUAAUUUUGCAAUGUUAGGAGCUUGGUAGUGAUUUGGACAGUAUUAAAGUUUUCUUUUUUUUUCAAUGAAUAAAAAGAUAAGAAACUCUCAGAAUGAAAGGGAUUUUGUAUUUAAGAGGAAAUAAGUGGAAUGUUACAAUAUUUUUUCUUGUACAUCACUUCUUUUUUUUUUUAGGGGAAUUCUUCCAGUUCUCAGGGGCAACAAUGUAGUACUGACCAUUUUAGAUUUUCUAACUACCUCUGUUUUUUGUACUUAAUUAGAAUACUUUUGUCUUUUAUUUUUCUUUACAAUUUGUCAUAUAAUAAAGUAUUUUUCAAACUUUC